UAUAUCUCUCUCUUUUUAUACAUAAAUAUACAAUAUAUAUUUAUCAUUUAUACUAUAUCUAUAAUAUGAAGUCCACCGUUGCCAUGACAUUAUUAGCCACCGUUGCCAUGCAACAAUUGGUUUUAGCCCAAGAUGCAGUCAAUGUUGCUACCGUACCUGCUGUACCUACUUUACCAGCUCUUGUUACCGACAUUUACUGGUGGAAGACUCUUUUGACUGGUGAUGAGAUCUCCAAUUAUUUAACUGCACCCGCUACAGAGGCCGCUACUGCUACUGCUAAUGCUGCCGCAGCCGGUGCCACUACUACUACUACUGCUGCUGUUGUUGCUGCUGCUACAACAAGCGAAAAUGCUUCUGGAUCUUCUGCUGUUGCUAGUGGUAGUGCAUCCGUAUCAGGUUCAUCUGCCGCUGUAUCCGAUGCUUCUUCAGCUGUUUCCGAUAUUUCAUCAUCAUCCGCAGUGGUAGGAGCCUCUGCUACUCCUUCAGUUGUAGCUUGGUCAAGCUCUUCUUCCUCUUCUUAUGCAGCAGCAUCUACCGUUGUUCCAGGAAAGUCAACCACUGUUGUUUUACCUAGACCCAGCGGAUCCGUCACUCAACCUUCCACAAGUGCUGGUGCAGCCAACAGUGGUGCCAUGAUUGCUGCUGAUGUUGGCAAGGUCUUAUUCUCGGUAACAAUUGCGGCUGUAUUAGGAAACUUUUUUUAAAUUAAGCAACACAAAAAAAAAACCCCCCCAUACAAAAAAGUUCAUUCUACUUGUUCUUUACCCUCCAAUAACAUUAAUAUAUAAUAAAAAAAAAGUAAAUAAAGAGAGACUCUUGUGUUACCCAAAACAA